AUGGCCUCUAGCGAUGCGCCGAACGGCGUCACGGUGUCUGCCGCACCCAAGAAACUACAGGGCAGACAAUUUUACGAAAGUAUCGGCAGUCCCAAAUAUAUUGUCGCCCCUAUGGUUGAUAGGUCAGAAUUUGCGUGGCGCAUGCUCACUCGAUCCUUUUUACCCGCGGAAGAACAGAAAUCUUUACUAUCUUACUCCCCCAUGUAUCAUGCACGUCUCUUUGGUGAAAACCCCCGCAUGCGCUCCCAGCAUUUCCAACCAACCCGAGGGGCGGCUGGCGAAACGACAAAGCAAGAUGAUCUGUUUCUCGACGGCAACCCGGCCUUUGACCGACCUCUCUUCGUCCAAUUCUGUGCAAACAACCCGGACGAGUUUUUGGAGGCAGCGCGUUAUGCAGCACCCUACUGCGAUGCUGUCGACCUGAAUCUGGGCUGUCCACAAGGCAUUGCGCGGAAGGGCCACUACGGCGCUUUCCUCCAAGAAGAUUGGGAUUUGAUCUAUAAGCUUAUCAACAAACUCCACACUGAACUCGACGUGCCGGUCACAGCCAAGUUCCGCAUCCAGGAGACUAAGGAAAAGACUUUGGAGUAUGCAAAGAUGAUCCUUUCCGCGGGUGCAAACAUUAUCGCCGUACACGGACGCAGGCGAGAACAGAAGGGUCACGAAACAGGUGUCGCAGAUUGGAGCUACAUUCGCUAUCUGCGUGAUAAUCUACCCCCCGACACUGUGAUCUUUGCGAAUGGAAACAUCCUCAACUACGAUGACAUUGAGCGGUGCCUUGAGGCAACAGGCGCUGAUGGUGUCAUGAGUGCCGAGGGAAACCUUUCUGAUCCGACUAUCUUCAGCAAACCACCAGCGCCCGGCAGCGGAGGACGGGAAUACUGGCGGGACCGUAAUGGAAAAGGCGGUUACCGAAUCGAUGCGAUUCUCCGUCGCUACCUCGACAUUAUCUACAAAUACGUCCUCGAGCAACCCGUCCCCGAAAGAAAGCCGCUUUUCCUUCCUUCCGACCCGGUAGACAAGGCAGAAGAAUUCAGGACGGACGAAGUUGACGGAGAGGAGGAUGGUCCAGCCAAGAAGAAACAGAAGCGUGAUAAGAUCAAGAAGCCAAACUCUCCCAGCUUGGGUGUGAUGCAAGGCCAUCUGUUCCAAGUUCUUCGGCCGAUGGUUUCCACUCAUACCCACGUCCGAGAUGCGCUUGCUCAUUCACGACCCGGUGACAUGCCCGCCUUUGAGCGGGUCCUGACUCUUGUGGAACGAGCAAUCAAGGAUGGACUGAAGGAGUACGAACUCACCCCUGAGAAGUUCGAAAAGCCUCACGAUCCCACAUUGACUGGGUCAAAAGCUACAAUCGCUGAGUACGGUCGCCCUUGGUGGAUUUGCCAGCCGCAUAUUCGGCCCUUACCUGAAGAAGCCCUGGAAUCUGGAGCAUUGCAACUAAAGGGCAAUAAGGAGAACAAGAAGGAGGAGAAGGCCGCAGGGAAUGCAGAGACACAGAAAGCUGUUCAAGCCCAAACCCCGAGCUCUGACGAUGUUGCGAUUUCUGCUGACGGUGUCACCGAUUCUUCAGCAACCUUGACUCCUGAUAAUCUUGUCAGUGGUUGA